UUCGUUUGCUUGCUAGUGAUAUUCUUUCCCAUUGGUAUUUAUUGAUAUGCAGCCUAUUCUCUACGCAGCCAAACACAGUAUCUUGUUCCGUUUUCUCGUCUGCAACAUGAGACGGAUUUAGGUCUAAACGCAAUUGUGUUUUCCCCAGAUGCAACUAGAGCACUCUAGCAAGUCUUGCUAACUGCUUAAUUGCUAGCUAUAGCUACGGUCUCGGCAGUGUGUGAGGUAGCUCUGUGUAAUGUGCCAGUUAUAACUAGCUGUGCAUAUGUUCGCAGAAUAUUAGACGGCAGUGAGCUCCCCAAACGGCUGAAUGAAUCCAGAGCCCUCCAGUCUCAUGUCUGAAGAAUCUGACCAGCACUCUGCAGCGGAGGGGAAGGAUGCGACGGGGUCGCCCCUUCCCAAUGGCAGCGAACAGGCCCCCAAGCGUGGAAGGGGCCGGCCACUGGGGUCCGUCAACAAGACGCCCAAACCGGUGAAGGCACCGGGAAAGCGCGGGAGGCCGCGGAAAGUAGUUUUGGACACCUCGACGUCUGUCAUAUCCUCUGGGACGGUCAAGAAGCGAGGCCGACCCCCGAAAGUAAUAAAAAUGAGGGGGAGGCCCAGGAAAACUCCCCUCACACCCGAGCAAGAGGAGGAGAGGAAGAAGAUGAAGAGCAAACCCAAGGGGCCACGAGUGUGGAAGCCCCUGGGGAGGCCACGCAUAUACCCCCGCGAGGACCCCCCCGCCCCCGCCUCGGAGCCCCGGGGGCGAGGGCGUCCGCGCAAGGGCCCGUCAAGGCAGGGGGCGCACCUGCGGAAGAACCCCCCGGCCUCCACCCAGGCCCCGGCGCCCAACAGCGCGCCCCGCAAGAGGGGCCGGCCUCCGGGCCCUACGGAGAACAGCGCCGCGCGGAAGGAGUCCCGCACGAAAAACGGCUCCGCGCAGAAGUCCAGCCCGUCCCCCGCCAAGCGCUCUCGCCGGUCCAGCGGGGCAGGGGACGAGCCCGAGGAGGAGGAGGAGGAGGAGGAAGAGGGGGACGCGGACGGGCAGGCGGAGCGGGACGCGGAGGCCGGCCAAAACAAGGCCUCGAACAGCACUGAGGCGGGCGGGUCGGGCGACCGGGCGGAGGGAGGCGAGGAGGGCGUCGCCGCGGCGACCCAGCGCAGGAGGGGCCGUCCUCGGGGCGCGGCGGGACAGGCCGGGCGGGACGAGAAGGGCGAGGGAGGGAAAGCGGCCAGGAAGAAGGGCGGCGGCAAGAGGGCCGCCGAGCCCAAGAAGCCGGCCGCGGCGGGGAAGGCGAGCAAGAAGGAGAAGCCGGGGAGAGAGAGCAUCAGCAGCAUCCUGUAGGGGCACACGGACAGACGGAUGUUUUUAAGUGUUUCAUGGGAUUGCCCUAACCCAGCGGUCUCCGACCCUGGUCCCGGAGAGCUACGGGGUCUGCUGGUUUUCGUGGAGGACUCUGCACUUCCUGAAUCAGUUGGAGCGGUUGAUCACACCGUUGACUCAACUCACCUGGUGUGUCUUGGGUCUCAGUUGGGUGCUGAGUUUAAGGUGAAAACAAAAAACCAGCAGACCCCGUAGCUCUCCAGGACCAGGGUUGGAGACCACUGCCCUAACCAAAUCCCAUUGUUGUUUUUAUUGAUUAACCAAUUUUAUUUCGUUUUUUUCCAGUUUUCAUUUCUACGUUGAAAGAGUAGUCUUGAAGAUGCUGUCGGAAUUGGAGCUUUUUUUGUAAAGCCUCCUCAGCCCUGUACUGAUGUGAAUACGGUGUGUACAAAAAUAAAACGUUCAAUGCAGUCAGAUACCCAAUACCAUGUCCCUUUAAGUCCACAAUUAAAUCACUGUGUGCAAGUUCCUAUAGGCAUGAAACAUAAUGACUCAUGUUGAAAAGAAUGCUGUGUUGCGGACAUAAAAAAAGGGCCCUUUUCGUUUUAAAAUGAGAUGGAAACUGAUUAGGUUUAGGUAAUUAUGCUAGAAUGCAGAAUUAACUACUUAACAGUAAUUAGAUGACGUAGAAUACUCUCAUUUUUUUUUAAGUAAUAGGAAAUGAUGAAAGUGGCAGUGGUUUUGUUAAUAAACAGUUUGUUCACGUAGUGAAAGCUUUAAGAGGCUACCAAAAAACAAAAUGCUAUGAUAUGAAAGAUAAAUAUAAACUAAUUUCUAGAGUGCCAAAUCAUUGGAUUGCUACAAAUAACCCUUGCAGUUUCAAGGUGUGUCAUCAAAGUUGAUCACUUCAGAUGCACGCCAUUGAAUUGCAUUGCCUGAAACUACUGAAGAAAUGUAAAUGCAUCAAAAAGGAAUGUUCUUGUUCCUUCAGACAAAUGAAGUAAAGAAACAUGGAAGACACAAUAGUACAGUCUUGUAAAUGAAGUCGAGGUGAUUAUCAAUCGGUCUUUCAGCCCAAAAAAAAGAACGCGCCUGCUUUUUGUUCACCUCUCCCUCGACUGUUUUUAUGCUCUCGACAUGUUUUAUGUGCCUUACUUGCCAAUGCAUGAAAUGUUCCAGGUUGGGAUCUCCUCAAAUACAGUGAGCCUAGUUUUCCAAUGUGGUGAGUUGUUUAACUGUAGGUGAAUGACAACCUUAUGACCCCCUGCAAGUAGUCUCAAAAUGCAUUUUUACACGAGUACGCAUUCAUGGGAGACUAAGUGCAUCCUGUAAAUUUGUGCCAGCGUAACCAUUUUUGGAUGAUUGUUUUUUUUUUUUUUUUGCACUCUAGCACAUGUUUACUUAACUGUAAUAAUGCUAUGCUUAGUUUGUCAUUUUCAUAAAAUAAGUGCAUAUUAUGUGUAUCAGGUACUGUGUAGCAUUUAUGUAACAUUUUCAUUAAUUAUUUUGAAACCAAGUACUGUGUUCUCAUGUGAAGAUGUCUUUUAAAUAACAAUGGUCACAGCGUAAGGAUGCAUCAAAAUUAAAAUUGUACACCUUGGGCAGUUGCUUGUUCUGUCAGCUGUACGCUUGAUUUUAUUUGCUAGUUUGGACUGUCCUGUCGAGUCGCCACAUACAUUACUGAGGAGCAUUUUGCCUCACGGUGCAAGUUCCUCGCACAGUGAAAGGUGAAGAUGAACGCUUGAAGAUGAAUAGGAUUUCUUCCCAUAGAAGCCCUGGAAGCAAAUGGUAGCAUUUACAUUUAGCAUACGUUUAGAAAGUGGCUUCAGAUCUUUGUCUGUCUGGGUUUGUGUCGAUCAGGUUGUGGUCCUUGCGGGCUUUGGGUUUGGUUAAUGGCCCUCCCUGUUUUAAAGCCCAUGGCAUCAUUUCAUAUGUACCUUUCUGAGCAGGUAUUAAGCCAAUGGGAUGUAAGUUGUUAUUCCAACUAAGGAUUUAUUUUGGGUCCAAAUCUGAAUAGCCACAAUUGAUGAGCCUCUGGCUACCACAGCCCUCUAGAAAAAAAAAGAAAAGAAAAAAAAACAAACGUGUUCACUUGCAAACUACAACCAAAACUAAAACGGCUCAUGCAAAAUUCCAAAUUAUGUCUAGCUCUGGGGUUGUAUAGGAUGUUUUCACCUACGCAUUGAUGCAUUGAGUUUACUUGCCUACUCCACCUGCAUGGGAGAUUAAAUGGGAUUAAUACAUUACCUGCAUGGGAGAUUUAUUGGGAUUUAAAAAAAUAAAUGUAGCCACCAUUGGCUAAAUUAUCAAAGGCUUCUGUACUCUACUGUAAAAUAUUGGCAGCAUCAUUCUCAAAUGUGAAGAUAGUUGGUGAAGAUUCAAGAACAUUCUUGGUCAAGUGGCCUCCUUUUCUUGUCCUAAAACAAAAAGGUUGAAUUCCAAGUAAUUUGAACCUCUCAUACUUGUAUGGAUGGAAUUCUUCAGGACCAAAUUUAUAAUUUGCUAGUUAUAGACACAAUAAAUUCCUUGUUCCAGUUUCUGAUGAUUUUGUGACUAGUCUGUGUUUUUAUUCUUAUUUUACCACGGCUUUAAAAAACAGUACUUGUUGGUUUUCCCCCAAUAGUAAUAACACUUAUGUACAGUAUAGUUCUUUUGGGAAAAAAAUGUCCAUCUAGAAAAGUAGAGGUGUUUUGUUGGUUUUACUUGUGCAUUUUUUUUUUUUUCGUUUGUUUGUAACAAAUUAAAACAAAUAUUUUCCACUGUAUGUAUAGCCUAAACUGAAUCUGAUGUUGCAAACCCAUGGCCAGCUGAAAAUAAUUAACCAGGGAAAACCGAAAAGAAAAUGCUGUGCACCCUUAUCUUAUUUUUGUCAAAUUACACCUUAUGCUUUUGUGUAUUACAUUUGCUUUUCUUUUUACUGAUCAGCACCAAAAAAUGAGUGCAUUUAUUGUCAAGCCAAUAAAUAGCUGACAAAAAUCAAUGUAUCUGAUCCCACGUGAGUGUUAUUCUCUGAAGUCAAUUAAAACAAAGUCUUGCCAUGAACAGUU